UAGCUGAUAGGGGCCCUGCAGCCGCACCGCACAUUCAAUUGCUCUGUCAUGAAGAAAGGGAGGGAAAUAUUUUAGUGAUUAAUCGCCUGAACCUGCCUUUCUUUCUUUGCCAGGAGGGGUGACCCAAUCACUAAUCUAUCUAUCAAUGAGAGCCUCAUUCUAGAGGAAAUUGCUUCGGUGGAUCCAGUUGAUUAAGUCGUAGUGUCUGUCGAUACCCACCUGCUUGGAGUGCGCCUUUCUUAGAAAAAGAGUAACGAGUUGUCAUCCUUCCGUCCUUUUUGAUUUUAAGGAAACGAGGGCCCUUAUCCUACUUAUUUGUUUUUUUGACGAGUGCUCAAGAUUGGAAUGGAAGUAUGGGAAUCGGACAACCUAUUAUUCUCAAGAGUUGACGUAUGACUAUUCUUGCAACAUACCCAGACACUCGCCAGCAACACUCAAGAUCAGAAACCCGGCGCAAGUCUGUUACUUCAAUUUCCAAGGUCCCACCUUACACCCAAUAAAACCAUUCCACAUGUCACAGUCAGUGACUUCUAUUUAACGGAACAUAACUCAAUUCUUCGGCCCACGUAAACCCCAAUUACUCUCAAUAAAACCCCACAUUCUCAGUUUCCUCUCACACGACUUCAGAUUCGAGGUAGUUACUUCGUUUUCUUUUUUUUUUUUUUUUUCCAGAAGAAUGGUGUGGUGUACGUCCUGUGGCAAAAAUGUUACUGGAACCCGUCCUUAUGAUUCUCAAUUAUUCUGUGAACUGUGUGGGAAAGUUCUAGACUAUUACAAUUAUUCCACUGAAGUUACAUUCGUGAAGAAUGCAUCUGGGCAGAGUCAAUUGUCAGGAAAUUUGAUAAGAACUAUUCAAAGUGAAUAUGGAGCCUCCCGGGAACGGUUAUUGGAACGAGCUUUUGAUGAUAUGAGACAAAUGAAGAAUGCCUUAGGUAUUGGUGACAGUGAUGAGAUAGUUCACAUAGCUAAACGCCUCUAUGGAAUGGCUGUUGCACGGAAUUUCACUAGGGGGCGUAGAACAGAGCAAGUGCAAGCUUCUUGUCUAUACUUUGCAUGCAGGGAGAAAAUGAAGCCAUUUCUUCUAAUUGAUUUUGCCAAUUACUUGAAUGUCAAUGUUUAUGAGCUGGGUGGUGUAUAUUUGCAGCUGUGCCAAGUGCUGUACCUUGCAGACGAAUCCAAUAUACAGAAACAACUUGAUCCUUCCAUAUUUUUGCCUAAAUUUACUGACCGAUUACUACCAGGAGGGGAUAAGAAGGUUUGCGGUACAGCUCGGGAUAUUUUGGCUAGCAUGAAACGAAAUUGGAUUACGACAGGUAGAAAGCCUAGUGGAUUGUGUGGUGCUGCUUUGUACAUAUCUGCACUUACACAUGGUCUCAAGUUCUCCAAGUUAGAUGUUGUGAAAAUUGUGCAUAUAUGUGAAGCUACACUCACAAAGCGGUUGACUGAAUUUGAGAACACAGAUUCUGGAAGCUUAACGAUUGAGGAUUUCCUGGCUAGGAAUAAGGAGCUGCAAGGAAGUUACUCAACUGAUCACCCCAGUUCUGUGUCGAAAGAAUCAAGCUUAACUGAGGUUCUUUGUAAACAUAAGGAUACUGGUAAACCAUUUGCAUAUGGGCUUUGUAGAAGUUGUUAUGAUGAAUUUAUGACAAUUUCAGAAGGACUUGAGGGGGGAGCAGAUCCUCCAGCCUUCCAGGCUGCUGAAAAAGAGAGAAUGGCCAAAGAAUCUGCCGAGGAAAAUACACUUUUUGAGGAAGAACUAGACAGCCCAGUUAUGAGCAAGGCCACAAAAGUAAAGUUGGUAGAGCCAGAAAGUAAUGGGCUUUCAGAAGCUGGUAGAAAGGAGGCAACCAAUAAUGGUGAUGAUUAUAGUAAAUCACCCAGACAUGAUACUGGUACUGAAGCUUCAGAUGAAUCAGAUAACUUUUCAGACAUUGAUGAUCUUGAGGUUGAUGGCUACCUUCACAAUGAGGAGGAGCAACAUCUCAAAAAGAUAAUUUGGGAAGAAAUGAACCGGGAGUAUGUUGAGGAACAAGCAGCAAAGGAAGCAGCUGCAGCAGCUGCUAGGGAAGCCUUUGAGGCUAGUUUCAAAGGCAAUCCUGAGGAAUUAAAAGCUGCAAGGGAGCUUGCUGCUGCUGCUCAAGCUAAUGUGGCCAAAUAUAAGAAGGAAAAACAACUAAAACGAGCUGCAGAAGCAAAAAACACUGCUCCGGCUCAGACUGCAUUAGAAGCCACUCGCCAAAUGCUGAAUAAAAAGAGGCUCAGCUCCAAAAUCAACUAUGAAGUGCUGGAGAAACUUUUUGAGGAUUCUGAGGAUGCAGAUAAUACCAAGAGACCGCGAACUAAAUCACAAGAGAAUGAAGACAAGUUGGCCAGUACAGGGAAAAAAGAGCACGAGUGGGAUGAUACAUUAGAAGAUGGUGACCUGGAUGGAGAAGACGAUUACAAUAAUGAGCAGGAUGCAGAAGGAAUGUUUUAUAAUGAACUGGAUUAUGAAAAUCCAGACGACACAUUCGAUCUCGAAGAUGACUAUUAAUUCCAACAUUGAUUUGUCUCAAUGGGUCAACUGCCUUCGUCAGGACGAUUAUUUCUGGAGGACUCUUAUCUUGAAAUCAAUGGGUACUGGCCUCAAAACUAAGCCUGGAAAAUGUUCAAAUGUACUAAUUUUUUUAAAAAAAAUUGUCUUAUCAUAUAUUCUUGGAAUACCUCACCAUUCUUUGCUCCAUCUCACCUGAUAGAUUACUGUAGUCCUUUGCAACAAUUGACAGUCUCUGCAUAUGAAAUUUUGUUGUCAUUUGAAACUAAA